AUGGCCGCCUACAAAGUCAAGGUGGCCACGGGUACCGACCUCUUGUCGGGAACGAUGGACUCCAUCUCGCUGACCAUUGUGGGGACCCGAGGACAGAGCCAUAAGCAGCUGCUGAACCAUUUUGGGAGAGACUUUGCAACUGGGGCGGAACACAACGGGCUGAGGCAGGUGGAAGAAGGAGAGGUGGCGAAGGGGGCCUCAAGGGAAGGUGAUGGGGCUGCGGUGAUAGGAAAGACAGCAGCAGAGGACACGCUCCCGAUCCUUCUGGAGCACCGACAGGAGGAGAUCAGAGCCAAGCAGGACUUUUACCACUGGAGGGUCUUUGUUCCAGGCCUGCCCAACUACGUGCAUAUCCCCAGUUACCGCCCUCCCGUCCGGAGAAACCCCAACCGGCCUGAGUGGAACGGCUAUAUCCCCGGCUUCCCGAUUCUCAUCAACAUUAAGGCCACCAAGUUCCUGAACUCUAACCUCCGCUUCUCCUUCAUCAAGACCGCCUCCUUCUUCUUCCGCCUGGGGCCCAUGGCGCUGGGCUUCAAACUCCGCGGCCUGGUGGACUGCAAGCAAUCAUGGAAGAGGCUGAAGGACAUCAAGAAAAUCUUCCCCGCCAACAAGUCUAUCAUCUCCGAGUACGUGGCCGAGCACUGGGCAGAGGACAGCUUCUUUGGGUACCAGUACCUCAAUGGCAUCAACCCAGGCCUGCUCCGCCGCUGCACGAGGAUCCCGGACAAGUUCCCCGUGACAGAUGACAUGGUGGCUCCGUUCCUGGGCGAGGGAACGUGCCUGCAAGCGGAGCUGGAGAAGGGAAACAUUUUCCUGGCCGACUAUCGCAUCUUGGAGGGCAUCCCCACCAUUGAGCUCAACGGAAGGAAGCAGCAUCACUGUGCCCCGCUCUGCCUGCUGCACUUUGGCCCGGAAGGGAACAUGAUGCCCAUCGCCAUCCAGCUCAGCCAGACCCCCGGGCCCGACUGCCCCAUCUUCCUGCCCAGUGACUCUGAGUGGGACUGGCUGCUGGCCAAGACGUGGGUGCGCUAUGCGGAGUUCUACUGCCACGAGGCCAUCUCCCACCUGCUGGAGACGCACCUCAUCGCGGAGGCCUUCUGCCUGGCCAUGAUGAGGCAGCUACCCAUGUGCCACCCCCUGUACAAGCUCCUCGUCCCCCACACCCGGUACACCAUCCAGAUUAACAGCAUCGGGCGGGCCCUCCUCCUCAAUGAGGGGGGGCUGUCUGCCAGGGGCAUGUCCCUGGGCCUGGAAGGCUUUGCGGAGGUGAUGGUGCGGGCUCUGUCAGAGACAACCUACGACAGCCUUUACCUCCCCAAUGACUUCGUGGAGCGCGGGGUCCAGGACCUGCCGGGAUAUUACUACCGCGAUGACUCCCUGGCAGUGUGGGAUGCGCUGGAGAGGUACGUGACAGAAAUCAUCACCUACUAUUACCCAUGUGACGCGGCUGUGGAGGGUGACCCGGAACUGCAGUCCUGGGUGCAGGAGAUAUUUAAGGAGUGCCUCCUAGGGCGUGAGAGCUCAGGCUUCCCGCGGCGCUUGCGGACCGUGCCCGAGCUGAUCCGGUAUGUCACGGUGGUCAUCUACACCUGCUCCGCCAAGCACGCCGCUGUCAACACAGGGCAGCUGGAGUACACCGCCUGGAUGCCCAACUUCCCAUCGUCCAUGAGGAACCCACCGAUGCAGGCCAAGGGGCUGACCACUCUGGAGACCUUCAUGGACACGUUGCCGGAUGUGAAGACCACGUGCGUCACCCUGUUGGUGCUCUGGACGCUCAGCCGGGAGCCCGACGACAAGCGGCCCCUGGGCCACUUCCCCGACAUCCACUUCGUGGAGGAGGCCCCGCGGAGGAGCAUGGAGAGCCUGCGGCGGCGCCUGGCGCAGAUCUCACACAACAUCCGCCAGCGGAACAAGUGCCUCCCCAUCCCCUACUACUACCUGGACCCGGUGCUGAUAGAGAACAGCAUUUCCAUCUAG